CGGUGAACACUCUUCAAACGGACACCUGCUAUAUUGUGCUUACUCGAUCUUACUCAAAAUACUUUCGUUUUGCACGUAACGGUGAAAUCUUUGACGUUUGCUUUAAUUGACCGAGGCUCAUAUAUUGGACGAGUGUAGAUGUCUGGACAUGGACACAGUCACAGCCACGGGGGCUGCUCGGGACACGAUCACGACCACGUGUCGGAGGCUGACCAAGCUGCUGCCUACAGUCUGUACCUGAAGAUUGACACGGAGCGGGUACAGUGCCUCAAUGAGUCGGUGGAAGGGUCUGCAAAAUGUGUCUUUAAACCCUGGGACCAGAGACUGGACAAAGAAAAGUUUGUGGAGAGUGACUGUGAUGAGGAGCUGUUGUUCAACAUUCCGUUUACGGGGAAUGUGAAACUGAAGGGGAUCAUCCUGAUUGGUGGAGAGGAAGACACACACCCCAGCAGGAUGAGAAUCUUCAAGAACCGGCCCAACAUGACGUUUGAUGAUGCUGCGAGCGCUGCCGAUCAAGAGUUUGAUCUUCGCCCAGACCCGUCAGGAGUUCUGGAGUAUUCCACCAAAGUGACCAGAUUCAACCAGUGUGAGAGUAUCUCGCUACAUUUCCCAACUAACUUUGGGGCUGAAACAUCCAAGGUGUAUUACAUUGGGCUGAAAGGAGAUUUCUCAGAGGUUGGCACACAGACAUGAGGUUACCAUCUGCUCGUACGAGACGACACCAAACAUCUCCGACCACAAAACCACCCUCCUUGAUAGUGUCAAUCAUUUCAUACAAUGAGGCAGGUAGAAUCAGGAUUGCUACAGUUGUCUACCCCUUCGUAUUGAGGGAUGUUAUGACUGUGUUCUCUGUAUUUUGGAAGGACUGGACAGCUUUGAACAACAGUGGUGCUAUGUGCAUGUGAAAUCAUCAACACAUACCUUAUUACAAUGAUGGCAAAGAUCUUUAAUAAAUGUGGGUAUUUA